AAACAACCAAGAAAGAGUUGGUGCUGUUCGUGCUGUUUAAAUAAAAAUGCGUAUUCAAUGUAUUUAAAAUCGUCUUUUCCUCUUGGAUUUAAAAAAUUAGCGAGAAAAAUUUAAGUAUUUAUGAUAAGAUUUUCUCAAUUUCGAUGUCAACAAGUUUGAUCCAAUUCAAUAAUCCAAAAUAAAUCUCAACAAAUAAAGUGACAAUGUCGUCUACAGUGAUUGAGUCUUUACAAAAUGCAUGUUACUCUGGCGAUGAGUGGACAGUAAGAAAUAUUCUUUCUGAUAACAAUUUUAAUGAUUACCUCGCAUCAUCUUCUGGUUAUUCAUUACUUUGUAGUAUGCUUGAAAAUUCUAUAUAUUCAGUAAAACGUCGAAGUGAAUUAGAACUAUACUACAUGUCAUACCAACAACUUUUAAACAAUUUUCUCAAAAUUUCAAAACUCCUUUUGCAACAUCCUGUGAAAGUAAAUGACGAAACUCAAGAUCACGACCAGACACCACUUCAUUUUGCGGUACAAAAUGAAAAUGUGGAAAUCAUAAAAAUUUUACUGGAAAAAGGGGCUGUUGUUAAUGCAACCAAUAAAGAGUUAAAUACACCUCUGCAUAUUGCUGUUUCAGAUAAAUAUAAUCUUUCUGAAAGUGUUAUUCAACUUUUACUUGAAAAUGGAGCUGAUAUAAAAAUUUAUAAUGAGAAUUGCAGAACACCUCAUGAUGUGUGUGUUAAUGCAAGUAUUAGGCGUAUUUUAUCACAGCAUGAAAUAAAAAUGCUUCUUGAUAGUGACGGGGAUAUUGAGGAAAAAGAUUGUUGGGGUUAUACAGCGUUACACAGAGCGGUGAACAGUAAGAGUUAUGAUCUUGUGGAAUUUCUACUAUCUGUCGGAUCUGACGUGAAUGCGGAGACAAAGUUCUAUGAAACGCCUCUACAUCUUGCUAGCAAAAUACGUCAUAAAAAAAUUUCGCUUCUUCUUUUACGAGCAGGUGCAGAUGUAAACGCUACUACUGUUGCAGAUGACACUCCAUUGCAUUUGGCAGUCAAACAUUUAUCCAAAGACGACGAUGGCAAAUUUUUAAAGAUGCUCAUAAAUAACGGUGCUGAUUUAACAGCUAUAAAUGAUGAUGGUCUGAUUCCUUUGAGUUACUCCGUUGAAAAUAUAUCUUUGACUGAAGCUACAAUUCUUCUGGGUGAAAAUCCAAAUACUUGCGAUAUGACUCUAAAACUGGCUUUUUGCCUUUCCUUUCUGGGUACCUAUUAUGAAACAAUACCUGACCUAGAAAUUUUCACAGACCGUGGAGAUAAAUGUGAAUACCAGUUAAUCAGUGAAUUAUUUUAUGAUCAGGGUUUUAGGAUUAAUAUCAAAGACAUGCAAAAUAUGUCAAUACCAGCGGAAUUGACAUUAGUCACUCUAGAUCAUUCAACUAUGAUAGAACAUAGAGACAUUGUGCAAAGUCUUUUAAAUAAAGAGGAAACAUCCUGUGAUGAAAAAAUGAGGCAAGAAUUUCUGGAAUAUCAUGUUUUAAUAGGUGCAAUUAAAUACGGAUUUACUGAUAUUUUUUACAAUUUCUUACCAAAUGUUUGUAACGUAAAUACUUGUUUGAUUGAUGGUUACACAUUAUUGCAUCAUGCCUGUGAUGGAGGACGCUUAACUAUUAUUAACGAACUUUUGGCACGUGGCGCUAACGUUAAUUGUAUUAAUUCCAAAAAUCACUCUCUACCUUACUAUGCUAGCGUUUUCAAUAGAGACAUGAAUAUUACAAAACUGCUUCUGCACUAUGGUGCAACUUGCCUUCCAGGGGAAAUGGAACCAAUAUUUGAUUAUUUAAGAUCUCAAUCUGAAUACGAUGAAAUAAUUGAUUUGAUAUGUGAUCACAGCGUAAAUUUAAGAGUCUUAGAUCAGAAUUAUCCUAAAUGCCCUAACGAACUCGAAGAAAUGAAAAAAAUAAAAAUUAGUGAAACUGCUGUGACAAUGUACGAUCUCCUAACUAUGUCACAUAGACGACUUUCUAUUUUGAUGCGAAAUAACGAUUUUCUCGACUUUAUAAAUUCAUUUGAUUUUGAAACUUCAUUUCCGAAUUUCGCCCGUCGAUUUGAAGUGCGUGUAAAUAAAGCAGAACUUGAGAAGCGAUUAAUAGAAUUAAGUUACGACUGUUUUCGAAUUAUAGUAAAAUUUCAAUUACCCAUUCUCGUUUUAAACGAAAUUAUAUCGUACAUUGACACUGCAGAUUUACAUCGAUUUGUAAUCGCUUCACCAAUUAAAUCAAAAACGAAGAAAGCGGUGCAAUUUCAUUGUUCCGAAUAGACCAAUGCAUAUAUUUCGAACAGUUUACAUUUGAUGUAAUUUACAAAAUUUAUAAAUCAGUUUAUGUACUGAAAUUUUCUAAUUUAUGACAAUAUAGAUUUAAAAUAAUUAUUGUACUUUGUAACAAACAUUAAAAUACAUUAAUAUCUUAAGUUAGAAUAGUAAAAAUGUAACCAAUGUAAAAAUUAACUGGGUUAUUUGUACCUGAAAAGUUAGAGCAUAUAAAAAAGGAACGUAAAAUUUAACAAU